AUGAACGCUAUUGUAUUAGGGGCUACUGGUUUAUGUGGAAGGUCACUGCUGAAGAACUGCGAAUCCUCAGGCCAGUUUUCGAAAGUUUAUACGCUUGGUAGACGAUCUUUACCAUUCGACUCUACCUCGCAACAGUUGGUAGAGAAGGAUAGUAAGAAAUGGUGCGACAUUUAUCCAGAUGAUAACAUCAAAAUCUUCUUCUCCGGAUUAGGAACAACUAGGGGUGAAGCAGCAGGUUUUGAUAAUCAAUACAGGAUCGACCAUGAUUUAAAUCUGGAGGUGGCAAAAGUAGCAAAACAAAAGGGGUGCUCCACAAUAGUCAUUGUGAGUAGCUCAGGUGCAAAUGAGAAUUCGUAUUUUCCGUAUUUAAAAAUGAAAGGUGAGAUUGAAAGAGAUAUAAUAGCCCUCGAUUUUGACAGAACCAUCAUUUUAAGACCAGGUGCUCUGCUAGGAAAUAGAUCUUCCGAUAAGGGCUUGUUAAACAACAUUGCAGUUAAGGUAACCGGUCUUUUUUAUCGAACAAGGUUGGAAAAAUGCGUUGGUUAUCCAGUUUACGGCGACGAAGUAGGAAAAGUCGGGGUACACUUAGCUCUCGAGAAGUCAAUAGCCAUUGCUGACAAGAAAGUAAGGAUAGUGGAAAGUUCAGAGAUUCUUAAAAUUGCUAACAAGAUCAACUAA